AUGACAUUGAGCAACACCAUCAGCUCUGUCAAGGUAGGAAGUGGCCAAUCCGAAACCUUUAUUACCAAGUGUGGCCUCAGACAAGGUGACUCGCUGUCUUGCAUACUCUUCAAUAUUUUAAGGGAGAGUAUUAUAAGAAAGGCUGGUGUACAUCAGUCGGGCACGAUAUUAACCAACAGAUGUGUCCAGCUCUUUGGUUACGCUGAUGAUAUUGAUAUCAUUGGCCGCACCAAGCGUGAUGUCACAAGAGCCUUCGGGGCUAUUGAAAAGGAAUCAGCAAAAGUCGGACUAGCAGUGAAUAUGGAGAAAACAAAGUUUAUGGUGUGCUCUAGCAGAGAAUCGCGGCGUCUUGAUUCUCAGCUGACUGCAGAAAACUAUAGCUUUUUACUCCCAUAUGGUGCGGAGUGCUGGACAGUGACGCAGUCAGAUGGAGCUGCUCUUGGAGUGUUCGAGAGGAAAAUUCUUCGUAAAAUCUUUGGCCCAAUCUGCGUGGACGAUGUUUAUCGCAUCAGAUACAACCACGAGCUGUAUGAGCUGUACGGUGAUGUUGACGUAGCCAGACGGCCACGUUGCCGUAUGGAUGAAGACGCUCCGGCUCGUAAGGUGUUUGAUGCGGUGAUUGUUGGGACACGAAGGAGAGGACGACCCCGAACGCGAUGGCAAGACCAGGUGAUGGAAACCCUGUCCACACUUGGUGUUACCAACUGGCGAAGGCGCGCUCAGGACAGAGUCGCGUGGAGGCACAUUGCGCUUCAGGCCGAGACCCGAUAA